AUGAACAGCAAUAAUAAGGUUUCUACAAAGAAGGUGUCUUCCAAGAAUAGCAAAGAAAAAUGUACUGCGAAGGUAGUGUACACACCAUUAAAAGACCUGAGAUUCAAACAAACUCAAAACAAGACGAUCAAGGUGAAAGUACUCAAAGUCUGGAGAUAUGAAUCCAAGAAAACUGGUGAAGUGUGGAGCCUGGAAGCGCACGCAAUAGAUGAGGAAGUAAAUGUAAUUGGAAGAUUGCACUGCAUAUCUAACAUCGUCAUCAAAAAAGUUGAGGAACAUGAUGGAACAAAAGAUGUCAACAUGCGAGAGAUUUACAUCACUAACGAUGAUGGGGAUAGUCAAUCUUUCCACUACACAAGCAUCAAGAGUAUUGUGAAUUUGGAUUGUGAACAAGUUCAGCAAUUUAGAAUAAGGAUCAAGGAUAACACAGAAUAUGCAGAUUUAACAAUUUUCGGAUUUAAUGUGGAGAAGAUGCUGAAAUAUACUGCGGCUGAACAUGUUGCAUACGCUGAGUGUUGCGAGAAGAUGGGUGAACCAGAAAAAGCUACACAAGUGUUUGAUAGACUAAUUGGAGAAAAGUUUGGAUUUAAGCUAAAGAUGACUGAAGACAACAUCGAAAAACAGUCGGACAGUUACACAGUUUUGAAAAUUCAUACUAUGCAAAAAGGAAAGAGGCUAAGGCGUAUGGUAAUUGAAAAGGAAGAUGAUGAGGAUGCUGAAAAAGAUGAUGAAAUGGAAGAGUAUUUGUAUGAAGAAGAAUAUGAUGAAGAUGAAAAUGCUAUGGUGGAAAAAAGUAAGACCACCACUGAGCAAAAAACAAAGAGGCUAAGGCGUAUGGUAGUGGAAAAAGAAGAUGAUGAAAUGGAAGGGGACUUAGAUGAAGAAGAAGAUGAUGAAGAUGAAAAUAAUGAAAAUGUUAUGGUGAAAAAAAGUAAGACCACCACUGAGAAAAAAAUAAAGAGCCUAAGGCGGAUGCUUUUAGAAGAUGAUGAGAAUAUAGAUGAAAAACAAGAUGACGAGGAUGAAAAAGAAGGUGCAGGUGAUGAAAACAGAGAUGAAGGUGAUGAAGAUGAGUAG